CAUUCCGCCUAGAGAAUACGAGAGAGAGCGGAAGAAGAGAAGAAGCUGCCGGCGACAAGGACGGAGCAGCUCGCCGGAGGGCGAAGGGGAAGGAUAAGACGAAGAAACCUGCGGUGAGCGGCGGCCGGACGGCAGCAAUCCAUCGGCGAACCCAACUCGCGGCCAAACCAGUUCGGGGUUUUGAGCUCCAAUUCCAUAAGAUGAGUGCAAUCAACAUCACAAAUGUAACCGUUUUGGCCAACCCAGCACCUUUUCUCAGCCCUUUUCAAUUCGAGAUCUCCUACGAAUGCUUAAUCCCCCUCAAAGACGAUUUGGAAUGGAAGCUCAUAUAUGUGGGAUCUGCUGAGGAUGAGACUUAUGACCAGCUUCUAGAAAGUGUGCUUGUUGGACCUGUUAAUGUCGGCAACUAUCGGUUCAUAUUUGAGGCAGAUCCUCCAGACCCGUCAAAAAUCCGUGAUGAGGAUAUUAUUGGUGUCACAGUACUGUUAUUGACAUGCUCAUAUAUGGGUCAGGAAUUUGUUCGAGUGGGAUACUAUGUUAACAAUGAUUAUGACGAUGAACAGCUGAGAGAGGAGCCUCCGCAGAAGGUGUUAAUAGAUAGGGUUCAAAGGAAUAUUCUGGCUGAUAAACCCAGAGUAACAAAGUUCCCAAUUAACUUCCAUCCUGAGAACAAUGAGCAUGGAGAGCAGCAGCCCCCUCCAACGCCUCCUUCUGAUCAUGCUGCUACAGGAACAAAUGAUCAGAAUGGAGAAGAGCCUUCAACCGUGCCUGAUCAUCUUUCAGAUGUCUAGUACCUAUAGAUCUCACUAGUAAGCUUGGUGCUCAUCAACAGCUGAUUGGAUUUUGCUAAGGCUGAUCAUAUGAAUUGUAAGGUGGCCUUGGUUUACGUGUGUUGUGUGGUCCUACCAUACCAUGUAUGGAAGCAACUCAAAGAUGUGCUGCUGACAGGUUUACAAUGGCGUAAUCAAACUCAAAAAUAGUGAUGAGGCUGCUGACAGGUUCAGGUUUUAUGUACAUCUGAAUUGUAUCAUCCUCUGAUUUUGUUUAGAGGCCUGACUUGUUUUUUUAGUUUGAACUGUGAGUUUGUUAGAGAGGACAAUUGAGUUUUCUUGGACUAAUACCAUUCAGUCUUCAAUGUAGCGUGGAGUUUUCUGGGUCUUAAAACUGUAACAACCUUCCUUAGUUCCCAAUGCAUUGCCUUUUAUGUUUGCUUUGUUGGUAUCAA